CUAAGCGCCGCUGGUUGGCUGGUCGAAAACUGACUCGGUGCGCGUGGAGCGGGUUCUGUGAAUCGAGCUCACUCGCGCGCUGCGCACAUAACGCCUUAAUAAACAGCUGUUGAAUCACGCGCGGACAACGGGGAUUGAAGAAGAGGCAAGGGGUCAAAACUGUGACAUGGUUUGGUUAAUGCUGCUAUGAUGGAUUUGACUAAAAUGGGUGUGAUCCAUCUUCAAAACCCUGGGCACCCCACAACUCUCCUGCAGAAGGCUAACCAGAUGCGUUUGUCAGGGACAUUGUGUGAUGUGGUCAUUAUGGUGGACAGCCAGGAGUUCCAUGCCCACAGAACCGUCCUGGCCUGUGUCAGCAAGAUGUUUGAGAUCCUGUUCCAUCGAAAUAGCCAACACUAUACUCUGGAUUUCCUCUCACCAAAGACCUUCCAGCAGAUCCUGGAAUAUGCCUACACUGCCACACUCCAGGCUAAAUUUGAAGAUUUAGAUGACCUGCUAUAUGCUGCAGAGAUUCUGGAGAUUGAAUACUUAGAGGAGCAGUGUCUGAAGAUCUUGGAGACCAUUCAGUCUUCAGAAGAGAAUGACAUGGACAUAAAUAUGAAUCAGAAUGGCACAGAGGAUGAUGAUGAGCGUCGGAUGAAGUAUUUAAAGAGCACUUUCAUCUCCAAAAAACAUUCCAUACAAGAGGGUGGCUACAGUUCUGCCGGCCGCCAUCGACUGGCCCUGGGCAACAUGGUGGACAAGAAGCCUUUAGUGCCAGCGCCACUGGGCCUUAAUACCAUUAGCCCCACAAGGGCUGCUGUAGAGAGUCUAAUGAGCAUUGGCCAGUCUCUCCUGGCAGGGACUGUGCAACAAAGCCUCACUUUUCCCCAAGAAAACUCUUCUCCAUUGCUGGAAAAGAUUAAGACUGAAAUGAUGCAAGUGGACGAGGAGGACACCCAUGAGGGUAGCUCUUCCAGAAAUGGAGACGGGAUCAGUGAGUCCAAACAACACAGAGGCACUCCGGGAACCCCCACUAGAGGCACCGUCAUCACUAGUGCUCGGGAACUCCAUUCCGCUGAUGGUGUUCCUGAAUCACAUGGAGAUGCCAGCCAAGUGGGACCAGCAAACAUUGCCAGUCUGGCUGAGAGACAUCUUGCAGCAUUGUACAACCAAAAGAAUGAGAGCAUGCUGCCUAUAUCCGUAUCCAUGGCUUCGUCGCUGCACAUGCCACCCACCCUUGCUAUGUCUGCAGACUUUGGCACCUAUGGUGGGCUCUUCCACCAGAGCUUCAUUCAGCGGGAGUUCUUCAGUAAACUGAGCAAUUGCACAGACGUGAAGCACGAGGGCCAUAGGGAGCGCUGCAGUGUGUGUGACAUGGAGCUGCUGGACAGUGAGACUGCAGAGCAACACAGGAAACUGCAUAGUGACAUGAAAACCUUCGGCUGUGAGUUCUGUGGAAAACACUUUUUGGAUAGCUUACGGCUGAGGAUGCAUAUGCUGUCACACUCAGAUGGACCAAAAGCGCUGGUGUGUGAUCAGUGUGGAGCUCAGUUCUCUAAAGAGGAUGCCUUGGAGGCCCAUCGGCAGACACACACAGGCUCGGACAUGGCUGUAUUUUGUCUGCUGUGUGGGAAACGCUUCCAAACUCAGAAGGCUCUACAGGGCCACAUGGAGGUCCAUGCUGGUGUGCGCAGUUACAUCUGCAGCGAGUGCGAUCGAACUUUCCCCAGCCACACUGCCCUCAAACGCCACCUUCGCUCCCAUACAGGUGACCACCCGUACGAGUGCGAGUUCUGCGGUAGCUGCUUUCGGGAUGAGAGCACACUGAAGGGCCACAAGCGCAUCCACACUGGAGAGAAACCUUACGAAUGCAACAGCUGUGGCAAAAAGUUCAGUCUCAAACACCAGCUGGAGACACACUACCGUGUACACACAGGUGAGAAGCCAUUUGAGUGUAAGCUGUGCCACCAACGCUCACGUGACUACUCAGCCAUGAUCAAACACCUACGCACUCACAAUGGAGCUUCGCCCUACCAGUGUACCAUCUGCCAGGAGUAUUGCCCCAGCCUCUCGGCCAUGCAGAAACACAUGAAAAACCACAAGCCUGAGGAUGUUCCCCCAGACUGGAGGAUUGAGAAGACCUAUCUGUACCUAUGCUACGUGUAAGACAGCUGAAAGAAAGGAAAGAAGAAACCGAUGGCUCAUUCAUUCAUUUUGCUCCAUGUCUGGGCCAAAGAUGGAGAAAGAAAGUGAUCAAAUCUGUUGUGUAGAAUUUUGUUUUCUUUAUUUUGUAUGCCAUUUCAUAUGCACAUGUUCAGAUUCAUCUCUAGGGACAUAACAUUGUUCUUGCUUUGGUAAAUCGGAACAUUUUGUUAAAACGACUAAGUAGAAAAACCCCCAUUUAAUUAAUAUGAUAUUUCAUAAUAUUCUAGUAUUUCUCAUUAACUAAAUCCAAGCUGGCCACUUGCUUCAUUCCACGUUUUACUAAAAAGUAAUAACAUACCUUUUUAUUCACAAAUUUUUUAAAGACCAAUGAUUAAAAAAAAAAUAGAUAGAUAUAAAUUGUUUCUCUAGGCCACAUGCACAGAAAAAGCAGAUAAUUGUGUGGCAAGCCUAAAAAAAAAUUAAACAGAAUUAAGAAGUGACAUCUGCAGUGCAGGAACAUCUCACAGCUUAUUUUCGAGUGUCAGAAGCACUUACUGUUGGACACUUGAUCACAUACAAUCAACUUUAUGGUCACAAAAUAUCAAGGAUGUUCAGGGAUGUGUUCAUAGAAUUACUACACUGUGCACUUUCACAACUGAGUUGAUGUCAUAAGCAUAAAGCAUAAUUCACCAAUACAAACAGUUUUUUGCUUUUUGUUCGCAUUUCCGCCAUUUAAAUGAUUGGCGCUAGGCGAAUCUUAACAUAAAGUGAUGUAUUGUUAUCGGACUCACGUUUAGGGCUGCACACAUGAGUAAUGUAUAUAUAUAUACAUAUACACUACCGCUCAAGUUUGGGAUCACUCAAAAAUUUUAUUGUUUUCCAAGGAAACACACAAGAAAUUUCGUCUGGAUAGAAAAUACAGCAAAAGAACAGGACAUGCUGACAUGUCGGAGUUAGAAAUAAUGAUUUUUGAUGGAAAUGAUGAAUGUUUUCUUCAAACUUUGCCUUCAUCAAAAAAAAAAAAAAAAACACCUUUUGGAGCAAUUACAGCCUGCGCAUUCUAGCGGUCAAUUUUUCAAGAUAAUCUGAUGAGAUUUCACCCCAGGCUUCCUGGAGCAUCUCCCACAAGAUGGAUUGGCUUGAUGGAGUCUUCCUCCGUAGCUGAAAUCAAGCUGAGAUAUGCACGUGAUCCCAAACUUUUGAGCGGUAUGCCAGAAAUAGAUAUUUGCUGGACAUUGCAACGGGGUGUCAUGUUCAGGCAUCUUAAGAUUAAUUAUACAUCAGGCUAAAGUGAAGUAAAGAUCAAAGUAACCUAACUAGAAGAGAUUAAAGAAAAGAAAAAUAUGCAGUAUUCAGCUCCACAGAUGUUACCUGGCUUAUUUUUUACUUGAAUUGUCUUGUGCUUGAUUUAUUUUUAUAUUAUAUCAUAUUAUAUUAUAGAAUCACAGCACUGGUGCAUGCACUGAUGAUUGAUCAGGAGGUGUUGAUUAAUUUUCUAUAACAGCAACUCCGAUUAUUGUUUCUGUAGGAACAACUUUUACAGUUUGGCAAGAUGCUCCGAAUAAACUGACGGAAAAACAAAAAAAAGAAAACGGUUGUUGAUAUGAUGAGGUUUUCUGAUGCAGAAAGCGGUGUCAGUGCUUGAGCUAAACCUGUAACCGUAAGCUUUCUGACUUGCCGCAUUUCUUUCUCAUUAACUUGAAGAGAGAGAGAGAGAGAAAGGGAUGACUUUUUAUAGCUGCUAUAGUUUAAGCGAUAACAGGAACAAACUCACGGAUGCUCUACAGCAUUACUGUAAGUAAAUUUGGGUUAAAAAAAAUUGUAAGAGUAAAUAAAAAAAUGUAAAUCACCGACAAAUUUCUGUGGUAUGAGUAACAGAACACUUCAGGACAUGCUGUUUUUGGGAAAUAAUCAGAACAAAUAUAAAGAACAGCACAAUCCCUUUGUGUGUGUGUGUGUGUGUGUGUGUGUGUGUGUGUGUUUGUGUGUGUGUGUGUGUGUUGUGGUUUAUUGAGCUGCACAAUGGAUUAUCCACGGAUUAUAAUUAGUCGUAAUCGUCAUAACCCGCACUCAGUAAGAGCUGCACAAAGAUACUCUUUGCAUUAAUAUCAGGUUCAGCCAUACGCUUUUCAGCCCUCUGUGUGCUACCUCUUCAUGCCUCUUUGUUUUGAACAAAAGCAAAAGCACAUGUGAUUAUGUUUAUAAUUCGCAGUCAUUUUCAAUUCUCAGAGAUGGUGAUUUCUUUGACCGACAUGACAUUCGCACUCCAUAUCCGACUGAAGGUUUUAAAAAAAACAC